UCCUAUAGAGCUGGGCUUUUAUUUUGAAAAGCCGUGGUUCCGCUCGGCCGUUUCCAUAGUAACGCAAUAAACAACUAAACUCGACAAACUUCGUUUGUUCUGUUCUCAUCAUGUGGACUCAGUCCGGUUCUGUUCAGGCCGGUUCUGUGGUUCAGACCGGUUCUGUGGUUCGGUCCGGUUCUGUGGUUCAGACCGGUUCUGUGGUUCAGACCGGUUCUGUGGUUCGGUCCGGUUCUGUGGUUCAGACCGAGGUUCGGUUCCUGGUCUUUGACGGUUCUUCCUCGGAGGAUGUGGCUCGAGCCCGGCAGCUGUGGAGCUCCACGUACCUGCUGCCGCCGCUCGAGCCCCACCUGGAGCCAGAACCUCCGGUUCGGUCCAGGUGUCCGGUACCUGGCCGAGAAGGGAGGAGAGGCGAUGAAACGAGGAGGUGGCUGUCCGCCAGGAGGCGCUGCAGGAGCCGCGACACAGGAUCCACAUCUGAGGAGGUGCUGGUCCAUCAGGAGGAGACCUCAGGAAGUUCUGGUCCAUCAGGAGGAGACCUGAGGAGGUGCUGGUCCAUCAGGAGGAGACCUGAGGAGGUGCUGGUCCAUCAGGAGGAGACCUCAGGAAGUUCUGGUCCAUCAGGAGGAGACCUGAGGAGGUGCUGGAAGUGGGACAGUAACUGGAAGUGGGACAAUGAAGUAAACAGGAAGUGGGACAGUAACUGGAAGUGGGACAAUGAAGUAAACAGGAAGUGGGACAGUAACAGCAAGUGGGACAGUGAUGAAACAGGAAGUGGGACAGUAACUGGAAGUGGGACAAUGAAGUAA